AUGCGUUACGACGGCGAGGCUGGACGGUUUCAUGAUGGGGCUAGCGGUGAAGGUAUUCCCGAGUACAAGGAUGCCGAACGGGACUUGGAUCCAUACAUGUCAGUGUCCGCGUCUCCAUCUCAGCCGAACGUCUACAUAGACGUGCAGGGUGGCGAUACUCAAGUGCUCACAUUGUUCAACGUCAGUGAACACUCGGUGUACUUUGAGCUGAUUUCAAGUGCAGCGAACCGUUGCAGUGUCACAUGGCGAUCAGAGAUCAUCACACCACACUGCUACACCGAGAUAGUGUUGCAGUACUUUUAUUGGUCUGAAGAAAAUGUGGGCACCAGAGACAAGCUGCGCAUAGUCAUGCGUGAGCAAGGCGGCCACAUCCUUGGCUUCAGAGACGUGGUUGUGAACCUGUGGUCUAACAGCAGCCGCUCUGAUGACCAGAGUGAAGUGGAGUAUGAAGAAUACAUCUUGCAGAUAGGUUCCAGCCCUGCACAGUCACUGCCACAGCAAGGUAGGAGCGAAGACUGGGCCUUAUCUGUACUCAGGCCGCUUCUGCUGUUCUUGGUGGUUGCCUCGGUUGUAGUUCUUCUGUUGCCACUUGAGGGUGCAUAUAGUGCCAGCCACGAGGCCAAGCUGUUCGCUGCAUACGUCCUUGGGUUCUUGACCCAACUCAUCAUUUGUUGUAUGGGCAACUUAUGCCCAACUGAACAGCCAUAAAGUGGAUCAAGUCUACUUCAAGAAAGGGCCGACAUAAAGUUGUGCGACCUGGUUGUCCUGAUGACGU